AUGGCAAAAACAUCAUCAAGAAAGGAGCUGAACAAAGGGGAGCUCACCACAACUAUCAAUCAUAAGACAAAACCAGCUAUCGCAAGAAUGGUGAGUGCUACAACUGUAGCAAACGAGGUCACUAUACUUGAGAUUGUCGAUUUAAAUGUCAGAAAAGGCAAGAUGAUGAAGUGUUUGAGAUCCAAGAAAGAUAUGGAAGUGAAAGAAGCAUUCUUGAUAAAUGGAAGCAAGCUAUUAGAGAAGUCGGUUGCCUUUUGCAAUGGAAGGUGUAAUCCUAUUCGAAACUUCUCAUCGGAAGAGCUUGAGAAAGCAACAAGAAACUACAACGAAAAGCAAGUUCUAAAGCUGGACGGCUACUUUGAAUUAUACAAGGGAUUUCUUCAAGAUCGCCCAGUAAUCGUUAAGAAGUUUCUUGAAGUAGGAGUAGAACAAUUAGCAAUCAAUGAGAUUGUGUAUGCGUCCGCGAUGAGUGUGCAUAUAAAUUCUAUCAAGCUGUUGGGUUGCUGCUUAGAAACUCCAUCUCCGAUACUAGUUUUUGAAUCUGCAAAGGAAAAAACUCUUGCUGAUCGAAUUAUAGAUCGCAACGAUGACCAUUUUGAGCCUGUAAAAUGGAAAUUGAGGUUAAAGAUUGUAGCAGAUAUAGCUAAUGUGGUGGUGUAUAUACAUACUGCAUUUCCCAGGCCUAUAGUUCAUAGGAAUAUCAAAGCCUCAAAUAUCUUACUGGACGAAGACUAUGUCGCCAAACUGUCCGAUUUCUCCUUGUGUGUGUCUAUUCCUGAAGGUAAGUCCCGUGUCAGGGAUAUUAUGGCAGGGACAAUGGGACUCAUUGCAUCUGAGUCACUGGCUACAGGUUAUUUCAAUGAGAAAAGUGAUGUUUAUAGCUUUGGUGUAGUACUGCUAGUUGUUCUGACCGGACAGAGAUCAUUUGAUUUCUCCCGUACAGAAACCGGAGAGCAGUUUCUUCUAGUGAAUCAUGUGAAGAAACAUAUUGAAACGGGUGGUUUUAAGGAGAUGGUGGAUCCCAUAAUUGUGGCAGAGGAAGCAGGGAAUAGGAAAGGGCAGGAAUUGGAAGAUUUUAGAGAUCUUGCACUUAGAUGCAUUCAUGAUUCAGCUGAAGAAAGGCCAACCAUGAUUGAAGUGGCAAAACAACUUAGACAUAUUUAUCUAUCUUCUUGUGCCAUCUGA